AUGGCGGACAAGCUCAGCACCAACUUUGAGACUCUUCAGCUUCACGCGGGACACACUCCCGACAAGGCAACCAACGCCCGAGCUGUUCCCAUCUACGCCACUACUAGCUUCGCCUUCAACGACUCUGCCCACGGCGCCAGACUCUUUGGCCUCAAGGAAGAGGGCAACAUCUACAGCCGUAUCGGCAACCCCACCGUCGAUGUCUUCGAGAAGCGGAUAGCUGCCCUGGAAGGCGGCGUCGCCGCGCUGGCCACCUCGUCCGGCCAGGGCGCCCAGUUCCUCGCCAUCACAGCCCUCGCCGAGGCCGGCGACAACAUCGUCUCCACGUCGAACCUCUACGGCGGCACCUACAACCAGUUCAAGGUGACGUUCAAGCGCUUCGGCAUCACCACCAAGUUUGUCAACGGCGACAAGGCCGAGGACAUUGCCGCCGCCAUCGACGACAGGACCAAGGCCGUCUACGUCGAGAGCAUCGGCAACCCGCGGUACAACGUGCCCGACCUCGAGGCCAUUGCCAAGGUUGCCCACGACAAGGGCGUUCCCCUCGUUGUCGACAACACCUUUGGUGCCGGCGGCUACUUUGUCCGCCCCAUCGACCACGGCGCCGACAUCGUUGUCCACUCGGCCACCAAAUGGAUCGGCGGCCACGGAACGACCAUCGGCGGCGUCAUUGUCGACUCGGGCAAGUUUGACUGGGGCAAGAACGGCAAGCGGUUCCCCCAGUUCAUCGAGCCGGCCGAGGGCUACCACGGGCUCAAGUUCUGGGAGACGUUUGGCCCCGUCUCCUUCAUCGUCCGCGCCCGCGUCGAGCUCCUGCGCGACAUUGGCGCCACCCUCAACCCCUUUGCCGCCCAGCAGCUCAUCCUGGGCGUCGAGACGCUGAGCCUCCGCGCGGAGCGGCACGCGCAGAACGCGCUCGCCCUGGCGAGGCACUUGGAGAAGAGCCCCCAUGUGUCCUGGGUCUCGUACCCGGGCCUGGAGAGCCACCCUUACCAUGAGACGGCCAAGAAGUACCUCAAGAGGGGCUUUGGCGGCGUCCUGAGCUUCGGCGUUAAGGGCGGCGGCUCUGCGGGCAGCAAGGUCGUCGAUGGCUUCAAGAUCAUCACCAACCUUGCCAAUGUUGGCGAUUCCAAGACUCUGGCCAUUCACCCCUGGACGACCACUCACGAGCAGCUGAGCGAGGACGAGAGAAUCAGCUCCGGUGUCACCGAGGACCUUAUCCGAAUCUCUGUCGGUACCGAGCACAUUGACGACAUCAUUGCCGACUUUGAGCAGUCAUUCAAGGCCGCUGGUCUCGCCAAUUAA